CAGCAGCAAUGGGAGGCCAUACAGCACCCUAUGACAAAAUGGAACCCACCAGCAGUGUGAGGAGACCUGAAAGUGGCACAUGGCAGAGUGUGGCGAUGGAGACAGCAGCAAUGGGAGGCCGUACAGGGACCCAUGACACACUCUGGACCUGGCAGCAGCAUGAGGAGGCGGUACAGGGGCCCAUGACAGAUUACGGGCCUGGCAGCAGCAUGAGGAGUCGUGUGGGGAGACGACUAUCAAGAGUCCAAUGGCAGAGUGGCGGAGCAGAAGCAGCUUCAAUUGAAGGCCAUACACAGGCCUAGGUUAAAAAGUCCCCCCAGCAGCAGCGUGGGGAGACGACUAUCAAGAGUCCAAUGGCAGAGUGGCGGAGCGGAAGCAGCUUCAAUUGAAGGCCAUACACAGGCCUAG